AUGGAUUCUUCAUCCUCAGUAAAAAUCGUCUCAAAACACUUCGUGAAACCCAAAACAAUCGCAGAAGAAUCAAAGCAACCAUACUAUUUAUCCCCAUGGGACUACGCUAUGCUAUCUGUUCACUACAUCCAAAAAGGUAUCCUCUUUCACAAGCCAAUUCAUUAUUCCAUUGACGCUUUUCUUGAAAAGCUGAGAGAAUCUCUCGCCAUCACUCUCGUUCAUUUCUACCCUCUAGCUGGUCGUCUCUCAACCAUAAAAACCGAAAUUCCCAAAUCAUUCUCAGUUUUUGUGGAUUGUAACAAUAGCCCUGGUGCUAGAUUCAUCUACGCGACCUCGGAUUUAUGUGUAGAAGAUAUCGUUAACCCUACGCAUGUUCCUUUGAUUGUUCACUCUUUCUUUGACCACCACAGAGCUGUGAAUCAUGAUGGACACACCAUGAGCCUCUUAUCUGUGCAGGUGACAGAAUUGGUAGAUGGAAUUUUCAUAGGAGUGUCGAUGAACCACGCAUUGGGAGACGGUACUUCGUUCUGGAACUUCUUCAAUUCUUUUUCCGUGAUAUUUCAAGCACAAGAGAUCAACAAAAAUGAUGACCUGUGUCUCAAGAAUCCACCGGUCUUAAAGCGUUACAUCCCUGAAGGAUACGGUCCUCUCUUUAGCCUUCCCUAUAGCCAUCCUGAUGAAUUUAUCAGAUCUUACGAAUCUCCAAUUCUGAAGGAGAGAAUAUUCUCUUUCUCAUCGGAGACAAUAAGAAAUCUUAAAGCAAAGGUUAACCAAGUAUGCGGAACAACCUCAAUCUCAUCUUUCCAAUCUCUAACCGCGGUUAUAUGGAGAUGCAUAACUAGAGCACGAAGGUUACCCCUCGAACAAGAAACAAGUUGUAGACUUGCUGCUGACAACAGACUAAGGAUGCAUCCACCGCUUCACCGAGAUUACUUUGGAAACUGCAUCUCUGCUUUGAGAACAGCUGCUAAAGCCGGUGAGCUGUUGGAGAAUGACAUUGGAUUUGCUGCUAUGAAGUUGCAUCAAGUGAUAGCUGAACAGACUAGUGAAAAGGUGUCUCAAAUGAUUGAUCAAUGGUUGAAAUCUCCUUUCAUUUACCAUAUUGAUCGGCUUUUUGAACCGAUGAGCGUCAUGAUGGGAAGUUCGCCGAGGUUCAACAAGUAUGGUUGUGAAUUUGGGAUGGGAAAAGCUGUGACGCUUAGAAGUGGUUAUGCGCAUAAGUUUGAUGGGAAAGUAUCAGCUUACCCGGGAAGAGAAGGAGGGGGAAGUAUAGAUAUGGAGGUAUGUCUUGUUCCAGAGUUUAUGGAUGCUUUAGAAUCAGAUGAAGAAUUCAUGUCUCUUGUUUCUUUUUGAUAAAUUAACUAGCUCUUCCAACUUUCUCAACAUUUUCAAUUUGUUUAUCAACUUCUUCUAUGAUCACCUCAACAUGUUUUCUCACCUUUUUCAUUCUCGCUUAUGAUUUGUGUUUUGUUUUGUUCACAAAUAAAUUGUUGCGUUUGCGGUACAAUAACCAGCAAAUCAUGAUGAUUUGUUUAAUUACAAAUGUAAUGUUUUGUCUUGGAAUCUGCAAAGUACGGAAAUGAUUAAACUCAUGUGACUUUACGC